AUGGUAACGACGACUAGUAACACUUUACGGCCAUUAAGUGUCCCAUUCUUCACCCUAAAGUUAGUUCAGCAGCCACGUGAGCUCUUCCUGAAAUUUUUCUAAGCUCAAAAACAACGAGCAGUUUGUUUUAGGACGAAUGAUAAUAAUCCUACGACUAAAUACGAUCCGAAUGAUAAUAUUUUUGUAAGCAAAAAGAAUUACGAUCCUAACCUUUAUAUUUUACAUUUAUAGUCCCUCGAAGUUAUACGAAACCGCGUUAUACAAAAACAUAUUAUUCUUUUGAAACCUUAAUAUCUUUCCUUGCAAAAUAAUCGCAUCACCUGAAAUUAAAUCUGAUUCAUGUUUGUGCAUGAUCCAGAAAAAUUCCAAGAAUAUGUUUUUCCUGUAUGGAUAAUAACUGACUCUUCAUUAAUUCAUGUACAUUGUUAAUAAGUUUACAACUGCGUAAAAUCUAUUAGAAAUUCCGUCGUUGAUGAUUGGGAAGAAUCGAGAUCGAUCCCCACUUCGAUAUUGGAGCUCGAUUUGCGAAGAAGGGGACACUCGCAGACUAUUAAAGAAUCAUCGGCUGCAGUCGAUUUGAAAGAAGCUGAAAUCAACGAGAACAGUAAUAUUUCGUGGCAAUCGAGAAGACCUAAUGUGUCGAUGAGGUGCAAAGUCUUGGAUUGUCAAGGCAACUCCCCAACAUUCUUACCCAGUGUUAGGCUCGCAAAAAAUCUACGAACUCGUAAAGGGAGUCGACGUGGGAACACCGCAAAUCGGCUAGAAUUGCUGGUUCUGGUUCACUUGCAUCACGUACCAUAA